AUAGAAUCUCCCCUCUCCAAGAGCUACACAGAUAAUUGCGACAAAUAUGCCGCCAAAUCGGUGCUUUCUCGAGCAAGCUUCGAAACCAAUGGCUCUAAAUGGAGACUUUCACACGAACAAGGGCACCGAAAAUGAGGUCGACAAGGCCACGGAGGAAACUCACAGUGGUCAGGCCCCAACUUUUUAAGAAACGAGCGGAAAGCCCGGGCCUCAUCAGAAAAGCUAUGCCUGAUCACUAUAGCGCUGGCAUAAAUGAAUUUGUACACCAUUUCCUGGGUUACCACCCAUCUUUUCACCGUCUCCCCUCGGCUCCAUCGCCACUUGAGGAGCUCCUUGCUCGUCCCGCUCCACGGGCUCUCUCAUAUCCCUGGCUGGGCAGUGGGGCUGACGGCAAUGUUAAGGAGGGCCAUUCUGGUGAGGGCAUCGACCAAAUACACCUACACUAUCUCCUGGCCGCUGGAUUGCACGCCGAUCAUUUGGCAGUCAAUGGCUGCCGGGGCGACAGAGGGCCCCCAAACUUAUAUUGGAGCAGCGUGCAUAUUGGGGCUCAAACGAGUGACGCCAAACGAGUCACUUUCAGAAGGAGGGAAUUUGAUUGAGGGAAAGCAGGGGAAUACGAUUCCUUGUUACAAGGGGCGUAUGGAAAUGAGUAAGUUGUAGUUUCCUU